AUGGAACUUGAAAACUUACCCACACUUCCACAUGCACAUCAACAAAUUCGUUUAGGAGAUGUACAAGCAUCAGCUCAGAAAUGGAUUGCUGCUAUUGAACACUAUUCACGUGCAAUCGAGUAUUUCAAAGCGAUACAAAAUACGUUGCGAGAUGAAAGUUUGAUAGCAAAUAUUCAAGCGCAGAUUGUACAAUGUGAGAAAAUGAUACAUUUUUAUCGUUUGAAAGAUCGUGUUGAACAAGCGUUCAAAGAGGAACGGCAGUCUAAGGUAACUCGUGCACAUUCAAUAUCGAACAGCAAACCAUCGUCAAGACCAGCGCGUACGAUGACUCGACACAAUACAUUACAACUUGAAAAUACGGUGAUGUUAGGCGGUCGUGAUGGCAUGGAUUCGUUUGCUGCACUUAUCUUUCCAAAUAGUAAUCGAAGUAACCCACGUGUCGCCUAUAAUGCAUCUUCGCCAUUGAUGGGAAGAAAGAAUGAAAAGAACCAUUUACAGAAGAUGGAGGAAUUAGAAAUGAAUUAUAAACUUAAGAAAAGGCAUCUUAAAGUUGCAUUUGAUGAAAUCGAUCGAUUGAAACAAGAAAACGAUGAACUGCGUAGGAGGGGUGAAGUCUACAAUCAAUGGCAACGAAAGGAUUCAGAUGCAUUACCUAAAAGUAAUGAAACAGAAAAAGAAGGAUCAGACGAUGAGCUCGAAGCUACGUUGUAA